UUCACAACCGAUCUCUCAGUUACGAAAAGGACAAAAGGAGCGCUUCGGCAAACCUCGCUCGCACCUCACAGCCUGUGAAAAACGAGGACCAGGAAACGCUAAAAAAGAGAUCCUCGCGUUUUUUCCUCACCGCGAAUUCGAGUCUCGGCCGCGACCGACGACACGCAUGGACUGAACCUGCGGAGGAUCUUUCGUUUGGGUCGCCGGAGUCGCCUCCGCAACAAGAUGACUGGUCGCGAGCUGCUGCUUUUUUUGGUGCCACUUUUAUUCGCACUGUCCGACGGUGGGCAGUGCCCACCUUCUUUUCAGAACAAAUGUUGGUGCGGGCGAAUGCAGUACCAAGGGCUGUCGGACAUGUACGUGGUCAACUGCACAAGCCAAUUCUUCAGCGACACCCACAUGCUCACCGCGCUGCCUCCAGAGACGCAGGUUUUGAUCUUCACUGGGAACCACAUUCCUGAGCUGCCGUGGAACAUUUUCGGCACCGAAGACGAAAUGGAAAAUCUGAAAGUGAUCGACAUGAGCAACAACGGCAUUCGCUCAAUCCGCGGCAAGACCUAUCACCGCGCCACAAAGGUGGAGCGUCUCAUCCUCAACUACAACGAGAUCACCCUGACGGAGGACGGCGGCCACCCGCGUCUCCUGACAGGGUUUCCCAACCUUCGCGAGCUGCACCUGACCGCUGCUUUCGCGGCGCCGGACGACAAAGCUCUUCCGUUCGAACAACUCUCCGCCCUGAAGAAAAUUCUGGAGACGGCCAAUUUGACGCAGCUGGUCAAAAUCCAUCUUGAACAAAACCAGAUCGCCUCACCCUUGCCCUCAGACUUUUUCUGCAGUUUGGAAAACCUCCUGGAUCUGCAUUUAGGCGACAACUGGCUGACGGACAGUUCGUUGCCGCGCAUUUCCUGUCUCAAGCGGCUCAGGUUCAUCGACCUGGGACGCAACCGGCUGCGAGCCCUGAGUCCUCAGGUGACCAGUGACCUGGAAAAGUUGCCGGAGCGGCACCAGCAGUUGAUACUGGACCUGGGCGGCAAUCCGUUGUCCUGUGAGGAUUUCUGUGUGGGUGCUUUUGCCCAUUGGCUCGGCGCUACCAACGUGACGGUGCGAAACCGGGACAGUCUGCGGUGCGUCAAUGUGGGGCAAGUGCCGUGCAGCAAGGCCGUCCUGGACGCGGCGAGGAACAACGGCGGCCACAGCGCCGCCGCCCUGGUGCUCGGAGUGCUCUUGGCAGGGCUGAUCGUCACCCUAGGCGUGGCGCUCUACCUGAACCGAAACUCGCUCACCUACCAGCUGAGUCCCCUGGUGGACACUGCCGGACGCAAGGUGCGCUACACCAGCAUCGACAAGCCCGAGGAGCAGGAGAUGAACGUGUGAUGAUUAUUGACCGCCGGACUGAGUUAACCUAGCCAUCGUACUCUAAUUUCCACUCUUUUUAGCUUUUUUAACAACUUAACAUUGUUGUAGUAUCAUGGUGUGUUCAUUUUUACACGAAGUCGCAGACUGUCCGUCCGCUUUACUAUUUAACCUCGUCUGUAUUGGCCAUUGUUGAUUUUAAUAAAGCAUUCUAUACUUAUUUAACU